CUCCACCAGGCUUAGUGUGAGAAAUGUAAACAAAAACAUGUGAUGAACAAGAAAGUUCAAGCACUGUUAGAUUUUUAUGUUUGAUCCAGUACAAAAUAACGAAAAUAACAUUUAGAGCCUCACUCAUUUUUUACUCGAACUAGAUUACAAGAAUAACCAUGACCGAGUCGGUAGAUGAUUUAAGGUGCCAAAGGAGAAUUUGGCUAGGAGAGAAACGAUCAGAGAGCAAGAUGAAGAGGUUGAUGUCAGCGCGUAGUGUGCCAUACUCUGUCGCUGAAUGCUUUAAGGACGAUGUUAAUAUCGAGGAUUUCGUCAAAAUGCUAAAGGGAAAAGGUCCUACAGAAAUUGAAGUGAUGGUUAAACUCCAGCAAGCGUUUAUGCGCGAUCCACAGUACGCCGAGGCUUUCCUUGCUGUCAGUGGAGCUUACGCUGAACUUGUACGGAGUUUGUCAGGCUCUCGUCCUAUUCACGCGCUGCAUGCUUCGUUCUGCCUCUGCAAUCUCUCUGCUAAUCCAAGCAAAUUGAGCGCAAUGCACACAAAAAUUGUGGCCCCAUUUCUAAUGCUUCACCUCGAUGGAAUGAAUGAUGAAUUUCUGGACUCGUGUGCUUGGACUGUGGGAAAUUUGUCUUUAGUUGAUCAAGAGAGCUGGAAAAUUUUGCAUAGUCUAGGAUCUCUUCAAAAGCUGGCCAAUCUUGUUAACCAUCCAAAAGAGGGUGUCGUUAUGUCGACGGUUUAUUCAUUGACUCAUAUCGUUCUCAAAGCUCACAAGACGUUAAGUGAGAGUGAAUCAAGAUUGAUCGCGUCUGUGAUUAAUGCACAAACUGUUUUCGUCUGCGAUGCCUCAAGGCUUCUGUUCCAGCUGUCAACCACCAGUUACGUUGACACUGAACUCUCAUCUGAAGAUUUGGUGAGGGCAGUUGUAAAAAAGUGGCACGACCUAAUCAUGUACAGUGAUCUCAGUGAAGUGACCAAAAUCAGCGAAGUAACCUAUUUAGUGCGGUAUUUGGGAAAUGUUUCGUGCACAAACUCGCAAAGUGCUUUUCAUGUCAUCAGAGCUUUGACUGAAUCCAAAGUUGCGUUGGCUGCAGCUUUCAAAACUAAAUUUCCUCAUUUAAUUCACGAGCUUUGUUGGCUGCUGAAAAAUCUGCAGUGUCAUUCAGAUGAAGAAGUUAGGGUUUUGACCUCCAAAACUCUUGGGAUUGGACAGGGUUUUCAGUGAAUCUUUUUUUUUCUUUGAAGAUGGCUACCUUAAAAAUCUGCAAUGCGCCCUUUUGUUAUUAUAUUUGUAUGAAAUUUUUUGUAAAACUGUUUAGUGAUUCCAUACAAGUAGUCACAUAACAAGAUUAUGGUCAUUAAGGCUGCAUACGCCACCUCAUUGUAAAUUAAGUGUGCCAUUUGGGUUCAAAUUCGCUUGGUGCUUUGUAGGGAAUCUCCAGUAAAAGUAAUUUUAUAUUAUACCAGCAAAUAAAUAAACAGUCUUAAGAAAAACGUUGCACACUAUUUGAAAUGAUUUUCCCACAAAUUUAGUAUCCAUCUUAUCCAAAGCUGUAAAUCUCUCAUUUUAAAAUAUUUUUAAGUAUAUAUUAAGUAAUCCAAAUUUGGUACGACACUAAUUGAAAUUGUAUUUUAAAUAUUCUUCAGAUGUAAUUUUUGGUUUCAUCCAGGCUACGACACAUGUUAACUGUAGAAACAUAUUAGCAGUCAGUAAAGAAAUCAUAAAAUUUU